AUGACCAAGAACAUGGAGGCUAGUGGCCGUGCCGAAGGGGGAAUCCCAGUGACCCUUGAGACCUUGUAUGCUGAGCUCCAGAACCUCCAAGCCAUGACUCAGAACCUACAACUUGAGAAUAAGAAUCUCCGUGCCCUGAUUGCCCAGGGAGGUACGGCGCCAGCAGCUGCGGCACCCACCAGAAUCAAGCCUCCUGUGAGGAUGCCCUCCCACUACGGUGGCCAGAGUGACCAGUUCACCAUGUUCCAUUCCCAGUACAAAUUGUACAUGAGUGUACGACAAGCCGAGUUCCCAACAGAUGACUCAAAGGUGGCAUUUCUCAUCAGCCUGCUAGAAGGGGAGGCUGCCAAGUGGCCCACCCUGUAUCUGAUCCGAAAGGACCCUGUCCUGGGUCAAUACCCUGCUUUCAUCGCAGCCAUGGAAGAGAUGUUCUGA